UCACAUUGAUGGUACAAGUCACAUACGAAUGCUAGUACACGAAUGAUGCACUAUUUACCGUUCAAGAAACCUGUUCCAGCGAUUUUCUACUUUCGAUAAAACGUCUGAAAGAGGAAGGAUCCUGAAACACCAUGGCCAAUGCAGGAGCAGUAGCUGCCGUGAUUAUUGCAGUGGUUUCAAUGACACUCAACUUUUCUAUUCACAAGAUAGAGGAAGGUCAUGUUGGUGUGUACUACAGGGGAGGAGCUCUCCUGUCAUCUACUGCAGGUCCUGGUUAUCACAUCAUGCUGCCCUUCAUCACUACUGUCAAGUCUGUUCAGACAACUUUACAAACUGAUGAGGUGAAGAAUGUUCCCUGUGGAACAAGUGGUGGAGUGAUGAUCUACUUUGAUAGGGUGGAGGUUGUCAAUAUCCUGAGCCCUGACCAUGUGCAUGCCACCGUAAAGGACUACACUACGGACUACGACAAAAUCCUAAUCUUCAACAAGGUUCACCAUGAGCUGAAUCAGUUCUGUAGCAGCCAUAGCUUGCAGGAGGUGUAUAUCGAGCAGUUUGAUAAGAUAGAUGAAAACCUGAAGUUGGCUCUCCAGACGGACCUGACUAAGAUGGCACCCGGGCUCUUUGUGCAGGCAGUACGAGUUACUAAACCUAAAAUUCCAGAAGCAAUCAGGAGGAAUUACGAGGCAAUGGAGGCAGAGAAGACUAAACUCCUUGUGGCCAUCCAGAAACAAAAGGUCAUAGAAAAGGAGGCUGAGACUGAGAGGAAGAAGGCCAUUAUCGAGGCGGAGAAACAUAAGGAAGUGUCAAAGAUUCAGUAUGACCAGAAAGUCAUGGAAAAAGAAACACAGAAAAGGAUGUCUGAGAUUGAAGAUCAGACUGAGCUGGCCAAGCAGAGGGCAAGAGCUGAUGCCGAGUUUUACACUGCUCAGAAACAAGCUGAGGCCAACCAGCUGAAGCUCACCCCUGAGUACAUAGAACUGCAGAAGUACCAGGCCAUCGCAGCCAACACCAAGCUCUACUUUGGCACAGAUAUCCCCUCCAUGUUCUUUGAGACCAAGGACGGAGCAACAGGAGACAGUGCCAAGGUUGUCACCGCUUCUAAAACUGCACCGGAGGACUCUUCAAAGAAAAGUGGUGGUGGUAGAUAAUGGAUGCUGUUUACAUGUAGUAUACUGUAAUACAGAUCUUUUACAGUGGAAUUCAAGUCCUUUAUAUAAAAUAUGAUACUGUCAACAUGUCAAUAGGGGAGGGGGCUGAUUCUCAAUUUGGUACUGUUAAAAUCCUCCAUACAUUUGAAUAAAGAUGAGCAAUUUUUGUCAGGUCAACGGACUGCAGAUAUUUUUCUGUAACAGUUUCUUUUCAUUAUUUUCUGAUUAUUUUUGGCAACAUUUGAGCGAAGGUAAUCUUAAAUUGUGCCAUAUUGCCAAUUCCAGUCGGCAAUAAAAGAGAUUCUAUAUUGUACUUGAUAUGGCAGCUAUGGUGUUGGUAUGGUAUUUUAAGCUAAGCUAGCUCAUUUUCCUUGAUUACAUGGCCUAAGGGUUUGUGUUAAAUGAUUAUGUAUUCAAUACUAUUAUCAAUAUGCAUUUCUCUGCAGAUUUCUCGCUAUCAUUAAAGACCCCGAUAUUAGUUGGAGUCUUUGAAAAUUACAUGUAAAGCUAGAUGCAGUAGUUUAUUAAUGUGUCACAUUUUAGGGUUAGGGUUUUGAGAUGGAAAGAUGCCUACUACUAGUUAUAGAGUUAAUGUGUCAAUUUGGGAGCAUUUAAUUUUGGCCUUUCUGAAAGGUAAAUAUAGUCAAAUAAGACUACUGAUAAUUGUGAUUUUAUUUUGAUGUGUGAUAGGUAAUGUUGAAUUAAGCAAUAUAAUUUAUAUAUGGAUGAGUUGCUUUGCAUCAUUUUUGCUUAUUAAUUGUGCAUGUGGGUCCUAUAUAAUUAUGUCAAUCAUGCUUCUUAUUGCUGUUGAUGACUUCUUCAUCUGGUUUCUACCAGUAAGACAAAUGUUUAUUGUUGUAGCUGCAUGAGAUGUAUGAUAUAAUGUACAUGUUCAUUUUUCUUAUUGGCCCUGCAUGUGUCUUCUAAGAGCCCUAUCUUGCCUAUGAGGGCGAAUGGUAUGGGUUUCUAAAGCUAGAAUAUAAUUUUGUUCUUUAUAAAAUGAAAUAUUUGAGGAUUGGUUAGUGUAUACUCAGACCAUGAACAGCAGUACCUCAAUGGUAAAAAAGAGAGGAUGUUAUAUGAUGUAAGGGUGGAGAGGUGCCAGAAAUCUCAAAUAUCGUCACAAUUUUUCACAUAAUCAUCAGAUUUGGUCUUGCCAUUUAAACUAUUUCCCUCGGUGAACAUAAACAAACUAAAAACGAGUUAACUUCUAUUGCUGCUUCAGCUAUGGGGCAUGCACAGUGUAAUAAUGGUGUACUUUUUGAUAAGAGAAUAAAAGGUUUGGCACGUAUCUGAUUAUUAUUUUAUGAAACUUGUUGGUAUUGUAUGCUAACCCAUUGCAUUGUUUUAUCAUGAUAAGUCUAUAGUCUUGUGCUUGUUCUCUGUACAAUUGGGCAAGAUUUUGUAGUGGAAUAAAUGGUGGAAAGUUGACUUUUCAACAAGGACGU